AUGUCCACAAAUGGCAUUGAAUGUUAUCAUCACGGAAUCAGCAGACUACGAAUAUUAAAUUUCAUGACUUUUCCAUUAUCAAGUGAUCCCAAAAAAGGAAUUACAAUCGCGACCGAAGCAAAAUCAAAUUUGAUUGUCCCUAGAUGGAAAGCAAUCACAAGAGAAUUACAUUAUCGGCCACAUUGA